AUGCUUGCAGUUGAUAGCGGAAACGGGGGUCUCUUUUUUGUAUAUGAGUAUGGAGGAACUGGGAAAACAUUCUUAUGGAAGACCUUAGCUUCAGUCGUUCGUUCUAAAGGUGAAAUUGUAAUAAACGUCGCUUCAAGUGGUAUUGCAUCCUUACUUCUUUCUCGCGGUAGGACCGCACACUCAAGGUUUGAUAUACCCAUUAAUCUAACAGAGGAUUCAAUGUGUCAUAUUAAGCCAAAAAGUGAUAUUGCGAACUUAAUUAAGGAGGCAAAGUUGAUUAUAUGGGACGAGGCACCAACGGUCCACAAACAUGCCUUUGAGGCUUUAGAUAGGUCAAUGACAGAUGUUUUUUCAGGUGGUACCAGUAUACGUUCGGAAGUUCCAUUCGGAGGUAAAGUUAACGUUUUUGGUGGUGACUUUAGACAGAUUCUUCUAAUUAUUCCUAAUGGAAGUAGACAGGAAAUUGUGAAUGCAUCUUUGAGCUCAUCAUAUAUAUGGUCAAAGUGCAAAUUGGUAAAGUUGACUAAAAACAUUUGA